CACAAGGGCCCGGGCUCCUGCGCUUCCUCUCCGGCCAUGGCCUCCGCUCCGCCGCCGCCAGCGCUCUUCUCGGCCGCCGAAGUGCAGCGGCGCUGCGCGGCCGGAGCCUGCUGGGUGCGGCGCGGCGCCCGCCUCUACGACCUCACGGGCUUCGUGCGGCGCCACCCGGGGGGCGAACAGCUGCUGCGGGCACGCGCCGGCCGCGACGUGAGCGCCGACUUGGACGGGCCGCCGCACCGGCACUCGGACAACGCGCGCCGCUGGCUGGAGCAGUACUACGUGGGCGAGCUGCGCGGCCCCACGCAGGAUUCUCAGGAGAAUGGAACUGUGACCUAUGCCAAUGCCCAGGAUGCAAAUUCUGAUGUGGAUCCAAGGUGCAAACCAGUGGAUUUCGAAAAGGACCUGGUCGAUUGGCAAAAACCCUUGCUGUGGCAGGUGGGCCACUUGGGAGAGAAGUAUGAUGAAUGGGUGCACCAACCUGUGGAUAGACCCCUCCGCCUCUUCCACUCAGAUUUCCUAGAGGCCUGCACUAAGACUUCUUGGUAUAUUGUUCUCGCUGUUUGGUCCCCAUUGGUGAUGUACCUCACCUGGUUCUACUUUAGAUCCCUCACUCGAGACAACGUCCGGCUCUUCUCAUCAUUCACCACAGAGUACGCCAUCCCUAUGUCCAAGUACGUAUUCCCAUUUUUCUUUUGUUUUGGGCUGUUGUUGUGGACUGCAGUAGAAUACGUCCUCCACCGCUUCCUAUUCCACAUGAAGCCACCUGCUAGCAACUCUUACCUCAUCAUGCUCCACUUCCUCAUCCAUGGCCAGCACCACAAGUCCCCGUAUGAUGGCUCCCGCCUGGUCUUCCCCCCUCUGCCUGCUUCCCUGAUGAUCUUCUCCACCUACGUCAUCCUCCGCAUCUUCCUCCCUGAGACCCUGGCGGGCAUCGUCUUCACAGGCGGCCUCCUGGGCUACAUCACCUAUGACAUGAUGCACUACUACCUGCAUUAUGGGUCGCCGUCCAAGGGCACCUACCUGUACAGAAUGAAGGCCUACCAUGUCAAGCACCACUUUGAACACCAGAAGUCAGGGUUUGGCAUCUCCUCCAAGAUAUGGGAUAUUUUCUUCCAUACCCUCAUUCCAGAGACUUCGGAGAAGGAGCAGUAACACCUUCCCAGCCCCCCUGCUUUUUUCAUCCUGGAACCACCCUUCCUCCCUCCCGGCUAACACUUCCUCCCCUCACCCUUUAGCUGGUGACCCCCGUGGGGUACCUGGGGCACUGAGUGGGUCAGUCUCACUGGCCCAACGAGAGGGGGUAGUGAUUCCCCGAGGAUCAGAGGGACCAAUGUCUUCCUAACCAAUCCCCCAAAAGUGAAGGAGUUCUUCCCAAGACUCCCAGGAACCGAGAGACCCCAGCUUGCCCAUGGAGCGCCCUGCUGGAAACCUGCCCGCCUGACUCACUGGGCUGCUAACACGCAGCCAAGCUGACCGUGGCCUCUGUCCUGCAGCAGAGUCCAAACGCCUCCAGCCCUAGAGAGGAGUGAAGGAAACAGACCCCAUGGGAGGAGGAGCAAGGAGCCCAGCCGAAGGUGGGCAGAGAGGGGCCCCUGCCAGCCCCAAGUGCCUAGGGCUCCCCUGUAAGAAAACCCUGAUGAUGUCCAUGGCCGUGGCCUCCAUGCUCCUGCCAUCUCCCUUACUCCCUCCUGGAGCACUUCUUUCACUUCCCUUCAGGGGAGGAGCAAGCUGGUCCCUCCACUCUCUUGCUUCAGGGAGAUGGCAGAGCAAGGCCUGAAAUACAUGAAGGGUUCUCACUCAUUGCCCAUGUUCUCCUGUCGAUAACUCCCUCAGUGCCUAAGUCUGAGGCUGGCUCUGCCCAGCUGCCUCCAGCAGGUAUCCCCUAAAAGUGCCAAUUCUAAAGCCAACUAAGUGCCUCCUGGACCGACAGCCUAGGGCCUGGCGGGCAUUCAGGAAGAGCCUGGGGACCGCUCACACACCCCCUCACACUGCACCCCUGUUCCCCCCCCCCGACUUCUCAGAAGUGCAGAGUCCACAGGGGCUGGGGUCUGCUGGAAGGCCGGCCAAAGUCAUCGCCUCUUCCCUUCCAUCACUAGCGCUCUGUGCUGAGAAGUUGCCCUUGUCGAGGACCCCUAGCCAAGGGGAGGCAGGCAGUGCCACAGUCCUGCUGGGAAGGUGAAUGGCCAAAGUGCCUCCUUUCCUCAGACCAGUCUAGCACCUGGCAACAGUCCCGUCACUCCAUCUUCCUAGGGCCUCGGUCACCUUCCUCCCAGCAACUCCCAGCAACUCCUACUGAGAUGGAUGGCUGUGUGAGUCGGUAUCUUGGGGCCUUCAUCCUCCCUGCUCCCCCAGCUCCCAGUUUUGCCCAUCCAGCCCGACUGCCCUCCCUCUGAAUCCUGCUUCAGGCCCAUGACGUGAAGCACCCUCCUCUUCCUCAUAACCAAACCCCUCACUGCUUGAAAGCGGGUCUUAUGUAUAAGCCAUUUGAAUUCUCCUUGCUUGGCUUUGGGCCAAGUUUGGUUUUCACUGCUGCCUUUCCUAACUUCAUGUAUGGACCUCUGUGUAAGUUUGGUUUUUCUUGUUGGUUUGUUGUUUUUGUUUUUUUCCUCUAUUCCCGUCCUCAAACAGUUAGUUCUUGAAAGUUUAAAAAAAAAAUCCACUAAGUGUCAAAAGACAUGGUUUGGGCUGAUCUUGUGAUUUCUAAUGUUUACCAUGGAGAUAUUUAAAGGUUUUGGAAGAAGUCUAUAGAGUUGUAGUUGUGAAAUAAAGAUGUAAAUAUUGUUUAUUUUGAAAAAUAAAACUUUAAAAAUCCUCAGAUCAAACAAUAAA